AUGGGUUCAGGUUCCCUUGACACCAUCCGCAGCCGGAAGUGUAGAAAUGACGUUGCCUACUGCAAGUCAUGGUCUUCUUCCAUCUACACACCUCACUCCAACGACACUUCCUCCUAUCGUCUUGUGGAUGAAGCUUUAACAUACCGUGAACCCAACAACAGACAAGUGCAGCUGCUACAGGUGAAAAUGAUAAUCCUGAGAUCAAGUCGCUGUCCCUUGAUGACGAAUCUCAUUGUUAUCACGCUCAUCCAGCACUCUAGAGCUCCUUGCAUCAAAGAGAAAGAUCACACUCCGUCGCUCGCGUCAUGUUGGCAGCGCGAAUCCGAGUCUACCUCGACGACCAUGCUCCAAAGUUUCUCGGGAGCUUCCCGACCCUGGCUGGCGCAUAUGAAAACGGGCAAGUAA